ACUAUAGGAAGAGUGUGUGUGUUUGCGAAUAUGUGGAGUGUGUGUGUUUGUAUAUAUGAAGAGAGAGUGUUUGUGAAUAUAUGAAGGCACACAUUGACAUAUAAUGGAGAGAGAAGACAAGACAAUCACUUUCCAGAGACUUCUAUCAGAUGAGAGCUACAGCUCGGAUCUGUCCAGCGACUCCUGUGAAUAUUAUCAGACGGAGAUCUUCGGCUUGUUGCCGAGCACACAGACUCAUCGUCGAGCACACGCUGAUGACAUCACACAUGAUCAGAACGAGAGGCUGCGAUUGGACAGAAUCUGCUGGAACCCCAAUGUGCCGCUCAGAAACCUGCCCGUCUGCCUGCAGGACAAGAGGGACAUCAGAGAUCGGCAGCACCUUCAGAAACGCAGCAUUGGCUCCUGGGACGCGUGGAGGCGGAGCCAGCAGACCACAAGGCGUCGCUUAAAAGAGCAAGUGGGCAGGGCCGUGUCAGGACUGUUGCCAUGGAGACACAUGAUCCAUAGAAUUGAAGGUCAGUUUGGUGUGGGAGUGAAGGCGUAUUUUGUGUUUCUGCGGUACCUGCUGGGUCUGAACCUGCUGUACUGUGUGAUCAUUGGUGGAUCGGUGCUGGUGCCAACACUGGUGUACAGAGGCGAGUCCACUGAAACCCAGAAUCCAGACUGGAGCUCACUGUAUAAAGACAUGUUUGUGGGAUCAGGUGUUCUAGAAAAGUCUGCAGUCUUCCACAGUUUCUACACUCGUGGCUCUCUCGAUGGUGCCUGUUUAAACACUCCACUCCUCUUUCUGCUCGGCAUGGUCUCCAUCAUCUUCCUCAGCAUCAUCAUGCUGGUGCGCAGGACGGUGGUGGGCUACAAACACUCGUGGAUCACUGGCAAACACUUCAGCUCUAAUCUGAGCUAUAAGGUUUUCUCUGGCUGGGAUUUCAGCAUUCAGAGCCCUCAAGCAGCGUCACUGAAACAGAACUUCACCAGAAACGAGCUCAAGAUGGAUCUAGAAGAGCAGGCGUUUCAUGCACGGGUCAAGCAGCGAACGCUCACACAGUGGGUUCGGCUCGUCCUCUUCCGGAUCCUUCUGAACCUGGCUGUGCUGUUUCUUCUGACUGGUUCAUUCGUGCUGAUUUAUUACGCCAUCCACCUGCAACAAAGUUGCACUGAUGAAUCGACUGAGUGUGUGAUGUUGAAGUAUUUACCUCCGAUCACCAUGACUUUGAUAAACAUCGCUUUGCCGCGCAUCUUUACUAAGAUCUCAGAGUUUGAGGAUUAUUCACUGACGAUACAGCUCAACCUCACUCUCAUCAGGAGUAUUUUCCUCAAGUUGGCGUCUUUGAGCAUCUAUCUGUUCUUCUUCAUUUGUGCUGAUAAAGAUUACCAGUUCUGUCAGUUUGGCCAGAAAAAAAAGACCUUGAAGCCCUCGCAACAUAACAGGACUAUCCUGUGCGAAGAGAACGAGUUUGGGAAGGAGAUGUACAAACUCACCAUAUUUAACCUCCUGGAGGGUUUCUUCAGUGCGUUUUGUGUGGCCUACCCGAGAACGUUUCUAGUGGAGAAGUUCCCCUCCUCGAGGCUGGCGCAGAUUUUAGGCAAUAAUCAGUUUGAGAUCACCUUGAAUGUGCUGGAUCUGGUCAACAGUCAGACGGUCAUGUGGGUCGGUGUGUUUUACUGCCCGCUGCUGCCCGCCAUCAGCACCCUCAGACUGCUGAUCCUCUACUACAUCAAGAAGUUCACAGUGAUGCGGUGUUGUGCUCCAGCUCAGAGAAUGUUCCGGACCGCCAGCUCUUCUGUGCUCUUCCACUUCACGCUACUGUUGGGUCUGUUCAUGUCUGUGGUCACCCUAGUGGUCAACAUCAACAGGUUUAAUCCAGGCGGCUGCGGCCCAUUUAGUGGCACCAGAACUGUGUUUGAUGUGACGAAUGAUUGUAAAGAGAUGCUCCCCAACUGGGCCAAGAGCACCAUCAGCUACAUCUCAUCUGAAGCCUUUGCUUUCACUCUCAUUCUGGCGGAGGUUGUCAUUCUGACGUCAUAUGUGUCUCGAGGACGAGCGAACCGUAAAACCAUUGAGAGGCUGAAGGACAUGCUGGUGAUGUGCAGCUCUGAUAAACGUUUCCUAGUGAAGCAGCACUCGACCAUCAUGAGACGCCGGCAGAGACCACGCUAACAUCACAACAGGAAAAUAAACACAAUAGCAUAAAACCAAAGCAGACGGCAACUUCAAUAAAAUAAAUAAAUAAAUAAAUAAUAAAAAAUAGAAUGAGGAUAAACUGUUGAAACUAUUGAGCAGAAAUGAUCUGGCUAUCGAGCAUGUUGAGGGAUGUAAACAAAACCAAUGGUCCUGAUAUAUUUCCUGAUUUACAUUUUUAAUUUCUAAAGCUUCUGAGAAUCCAAACAGAGCCACAUAUGUAUGAAUAAUCUUAUGAAAGCUGUUUGAACAUGAAGUUAUGAUUGACUUGCCUCCUGUUACAGAUAUGAAAUAGUUUAAUAAUGAGCAGGAGAUGUUCAUUGAAACGGUCUAUAAUAGAUGGUUUAUUAUAACCCUGCUGUUUUGUAUUCUGUUGCUUUAAAUGCUUGAGCUUUCUAAAGCAGAUGUGGAUUCUGAUUGGCUGUCAGUAUGUUAAUGAUAUGCAUUAGCCUGUGCUCUCUUGAUUACAUCAUUUGCAGUAUUUUAUGGGUGUGGGCGGAGCUUGUUUGUGCACUUUGCAACUCUAACUUUGAUUGGUGAAAAUUUCUGCACUGCAUCCUGGGUAAUGCAGUUUUUUUUGCAUACAAUCUGUUGUUAAACAUGAUUAUCAGUAAAAGUGAGUGAAAUAAAUGGGAACAAAUAGGUUAACCGAAGCCAAAUACAACUGACGGAGAACGUCAGAGCUCACAAUAAGUCCAUCUUUAAUGAUUUAGGAGUAAAACAAUUUACUUCUGGCACUGUUUAAUAUCAGUUUCCCUAAUGUUAUUAUAUUAAUUUUUACUAAUUUUAUUUUAAGAAUCCUUUUUUUUUUUGUUAUAUUCCUCAUCCUUGGUGUGAAAUAUCAACAGUACUGUAAAGCAUGUGUGCCUGUGAUGUUUGAAACAUUUUAUAUUUUAAAUUAGUGUCGUAUUUAUUAUAUUUUUAUAACUCAUUGACAGUAUUAUCCACAUGCAACAAUUUCCUUAUGCUUCAUUUUGUGCAUUUGUGUAUUUUUCAAUAAAGUGCGAGGCUUA